GAUUGACAGCCAGAAAGGUGCUGAAGAUGGGUCGGAAGUUGGAUCUGACGGGCCUGUCGGACAACGAGGCGUCCCACGUGCUGCAGGUGGUGCAGAGAGACAUGAGGCUGCGCAAGAGGGAGGAGGAGAGACUCAGUGAACUGAAGCAGGAGCUGGACGAGGAGGGCAGUCGCUGCCUCCUGCUGUCACGGCAGACGUGCUUCAACCAGCGCUGCUGCAUCCGCUGCUGCUCGCCCUUCACCUUCCUGCUCAACCCCAAACGCCGCUGCAGCGACUGCAGCUACAACGUCUGCAAAGCCUGCCGGGUCUACAGCAAGCCGGAGAAGGUCUGGCUCUGCACUGCUUGCCAAAAGAGCAGGCUGUUGAGGACGCAGUCACUGGAGUGGUUCUACGCAAAUGUAAAGAAGCGCUUUAAGAGGUUUGGCAGCGCCAAAGUGCUGAAGACGCUCUACAGGAAGCACCUGGCCGAGCACAGUGCACUCUCAGAGCUUACAGAGGGCAGCGCCUGCGAGGAGAGCAUCUGCAAUGAGGGAAGCAUCUGCGGGAGCGACUCUGCUUUUUACAGACAAACUGAAGAGCACAGCAUGGCGGAGACGCUCAGUGUGGCCAUGCGGGUGGCAGAGGAGGCCAUAGACGAGGCCAUUUCUAAGGCUGAGGACGGCACCUCCACUCAGGAGAAGCAGAAUGAGGCGCACUAUCUGCGGGAGCAUAAAGGAGAGCUCAUCCAACUGGCCAAAACUAUUGUGCAAAAAAUCAUCAGCAGGAGAAAGACUUUGGCUGACAUGAGAGCAGAAUAUGAGCAUGACUGGACCCUGGAGCGCAGCACUGACCUUCAUCAUCAUCCUGCUGGUGAUCAGGCCUCCAGCUCAGUGAAACAGCAGUCAAACCUCUGGGACAGUGACCCUCCCGCUCUCGUACAGGACUGUCCUACGGCUCUAAAGAAGGAGGCAGCUGGUUUGGCUGUCACCGCCCGGAAGAGUGUAGACCGACUAGACAACUCCGUGCUGACGAGCCCAGACGGGAACUGGAUCGCCCUGCAGAGCGCCCAGCUGUCCCGGCCCAGCCUCCUCACUAAAAGGAAGAGCUUGGUCUACAGUGCCUUGGAGAAAGAGGCCGGAGUUGUGUCUGCCUACGAAGUUCUGGGCUCUGAAAACCAAAGCAAACCGGAGCCCGACGGCUCCUGGGGAGCCGUCCUGCAGGAGAUUCACAGGAAGAUGAUGGACUCUAACUUCAACUUGCAAGACUUCAGCGACAGCAUCCCCCCACUGAUGGGCCACCAGGGUUGCAGAGACAACCCCUCUUCAGACUCUGAGGGGAACUGGAAAGCUGACAAACAUCUGCUGGCCCUUCUCAAGCGGAAGGUGCCUGCAGAGAUCAGGAAGCCUUCGUCAUCCCGCAGGACGAGCAUCAUUGAUGUCAACUUCAACCUGGAAGGUGCAGGAGGUCUGAGAGAAGAUGGGAUCGAGGAGGCUCAAGAGGCAGAGAUGGAAAAAAUCAGGAAAUCACUCAGGAAGAGUAAGAACGAGCCAGAAGCUGCUUCUCCUGUGUUGGAUUUAAAGAACAAACUUGACUAUUCUCCCCCUGCUUCUGAUCCCGAGACCCCUGAUACUCUCACGUCUGGAGCCACGACUCCUGAACCGUUUGACCUCACCGAUGACAUCACUGGGAAUGAAGCCAACGCGAUCAACGAGGAUUUCACUGUAAAACUGCGUCAGAUAGAAGGCGGGGUUUCUGACUCCACUAGAGAAGAAGAACCUGAAGAAAAGGAUGACUGCAGUGAUGGACAGAGGGAGGGAGGGAGGCAAGGAAGUAACUGCAAGAAUGAAGGAGAGAGGGCGUUUGAGAUGGAGAUUGAUUUGGAGGAUGAAGAAGAGAAAGACGAAGGUAGAGCGAUGAAACACAGUUUGUACAGGCUUGUUGCAGAGUCCAGCCUCUCGUACUUCUCAUCCACUGAAGAUGAGCUGGACAAGGCAGGACAGAGUGAAGGAGAGUGGGAUAGAGACAAAGACGAGGAUAUUAAGGAGGAAGGUGAAGAGUGGGAGGAAAAGACAGAACGACUCACUUAUAGGCUCUGUAAGCUGGAACAACAGGCCAGAGCGACUCAGUACUCAUCCACAGAGGACGAGUUGGACAGAAUCAGCAUCGAAGAAAAAGAAGAGGAGGAUGCCGGGAAUGAGGGUCUGGCUGUGAAAGUGUGCAGGUUGGUUAAUCAGAUCAGUUCCACCCAGUUUUCAUCCACAGAAGACGAGCUGGACAAAGUAGGCAGAGGAGAGGAUGAGGAGGAGGUGACUGAGGAAGCAGAGCUGUGGAAGCUGCAGACUGAGAGGGCGCCGCUGCGAGAUUUGGUCAGUUUGGUCAACUCCGCUCAGUAUUCCUCCACUGAGGAUGAGCUGGACAGGGUUGGAGAGGAUGAGGGAGAAAUAGAGCAGGAGGUGAAGAAAGGAGGGAUGAGGAGCAGCGGUGUGGAUGAGGAUCUGUGGGAGAGGGCAGGAUCCAUGGGAGACAUAAACAUGAAGAUGUUUGAUCUGAAGGUUGAGGCUGAAGAAAGAAAAAACACGAGUGAUGAAAAAGUAACAAGUGAGAAUCUCUUGGCAAGUCAGAAUGAAAAUGAGGAUGAAAUUGACAAAAAAAGAGUUUUAAGGAAAAAGGAAUUAACAGGGGGUGCAACAAUACAAAAGGAGCAAUUAUGUGACAAAAGGAUUGAAAUCUUGAAAGCUGGGAAAGAAAAAGAGAUGGAAGAAAGACAAAAAAUUCAGUUAAGAACAGAAAAAGCAGACGAGAUAAGAGUCAUAGAGCGAGAGCAAAAGAGGCCACAUGAAAAGGAAGAAGAAGAAAGGUGUCUGAAAGACAGCAAAGAGAAUGAGAGCGGAUGGGAAAUGGCUGCAGACAGCGACGAAGAAGACCCAGAAUUUGACAGAAUUAUUAGCAGCAUGUUGUUGAUGACUCUGGAGGACAUUCAGGUGGAAGCCGUGAAGGACAAAGAUGGAAAAAAUGUAGAUAGAGAGCUAGAGAACAAUGAGAGCAGGGAGGAAAGUGGAUGCAGAGCGUUCGGUCUUGAUGCACGAAGCAAAGGUGCUUCAGAGGAGUUUGGGAAAGUUUUAAAUGAGAAGUCAGAGGCGAGUCAGAAAAUUAAAAGUGACAUAAGAGCCAAAGAAGAAAAUGGAGACACUAGAGGUGAGGAUGAGAACAUGCAGGAAGAAAGACAAAUAAGUACCAAAGAGAGACAUGAGAAGGAUGAGGUCAAGCCGUCAUGUCCAAACACUGAAGUGGAUGAUGAGGGGAAACUGUGUGAAAAAGGAAACACCGUGGAUGAGUGGGAGGACGUGUGGGCAGAGGGAGACACUGCAGACGAUGGGAAGACAGACAUGGAUGGACAAUUCGAUGAAACCGAAGACCUGAAAGAAGAAAAAAUUGAACAGAGCAGCUCUUCUCCUCUUCAGGAGGGUUUUCUGUCGGCAGAUGAGAUUCAGUAUGGCAAAGAUGUGGAGCUUUCCAAAACUGUAGAGUUAAUUUCAUCUCUGAUGCAGCAGAGAUACUCAGCAGGGUCUCUGCGCAGCAUCACUACUGAGGUGUUGAAGGUCCUGAAUGCUACAGAAGAGCUUCUGCAGGGCGUGGAGGGAGGAGACGAGGUCCCACUCAGCACCAUCUCCCUGCCCUCAAACACCGACCCUGAGAAACUGGACCAACAGUUCAGCCGACUGGAAGAAAAAGUGUAUGUUGCUGCUGGUUCAGUGUACAGUCUGGAGGCGGAGCUCGGCGACCUGGAGGAGUGUGCCAGAGAAAUCUGCACCUCCACGUCUCAUAUGGAGCUGUCCUUCCUGGAGGAGCAGGUGGCGGCAGCAGCUGCCAAAGUUCAGCAAUCUGAGCUACAGGUCUCCGGCAUCUCCACAAGGAUUGCCGCUUUGAAGAGCGCAGGCCUCGACGUGGACCCUCAAUCACGUUUCACAAAGACGAGGACAACAGAUAUGUCUGUAACCCUGGACUCCUCCAGACAGAUGAGAAGACGAUUACCAGCACCACCAACAAAAGAAGACCAGGAGACUUAAGCCAUCGGCCGUCUGCAGACCCUCCGUUACAGCAGUGCCUUAAUCCCAUCACUCAGCAGCCAACAGGCCAGUUUUAAAUGAUCCGUGGUGACACCAUCUGCCUUAAUCCAGCUGUAAAAAUGCCUCAAACAACAUGAAACACAAGCAGUCUGUAAGUUGAUCGUAUAGGAAACAGCUGAUUCUUGAGUUGUCUAGUCAAGAGUGCACAAUAGAUAGAACUACUUUUGUUUCUUUUCUUACUCUUGAACAAAUAUUUUGGGGGGGGGGGGGGAAUCAAUCAGGUUUGAUCAUGCUGGGAAAAGUAAAAUGAAGACCUUUUACUUGCUACAGACAAUGCAAUUACUAUACAGCAAGUAUGCAAAAACACAAAUUGUUCCUUUAAUAAAAAUAGUACUUUGAGAUUUAAUUGUUGCUAGUGACAAUUUAAGUUGGUUCAUAAAACUGUACAGAUUAUGUACAAUGACUGAAACGGCACAAAUUUAAGAAGAGUAGGAGCAGCUAUUCGAUAAAACCUG